CCCAGCCUGCAGGCUCUAAGAUUUUUUUAGAUAUGCAAGAGAUUUCCCGGCGAUGCAUGAGAAAUAUAGCUGCAGUAGAUGCUAUACUCGCAAAGUACUUUCCUCCGAGAGAAGCGGCUCCUGGUGGAUUUUUUCACCCACCCUCCCACCCCUCUUUUUUCUCUGUUCCUGUGGGUCCUCCUGAGUCUGUUCCCGUGACCCCUCCUGAGUCUGUUCCCGUGACCCCUCCUGAGUCUGUUCCCGUGACCCCUCGUGGGUCUGUUCCCGUGACCCCUCGUGGGUCUGUUCCCGUGGCCCCUCGUGGGUCUGUUCCCGUGGCCCCUCGUGGGUCUGUUCCCAUGGCCCCUCGUGGGUCUGUUCCCGUGGCCCCUCGUGGGUCUGUUCCCGUGGCCCCUCGUGGGUCUGUUCCUGUGGUCCCUCGUGGGUCUGUUCCUGUGGCCCCUCCUGGGUCUGUCCCUGUGGCCCCUGAGUCGAUGGUUCCACAAUCGAUGGUCCUGGAGUCGGUGGUUCCGAUGGUGACUCAUAAGUCGGCGAUCCUCGAGGCUCGUGGAUUGGCUGCUACCCCCUCCUCGUCAUCUGGGUCGGUUGCUGCUGCCU